AUGAGUGAUGAAAAUAUUAAACCUGACGCUCUGAAACUUUGGAAGGUUGAUGGUAAAAAGUAUGAUUUUGAAAAGAAAACAAUUGAUAAAGAGGACGUUCACAUCAUUGUAUAUAUUUCCGCCGCUGCUAUUAUGCCUCGAACAGUUGUGCCUCAAACAACCAAUUUUUUGAGAUCUAAACUCGACUUUAGAGUGGAUACAAAAAUAAAUGCCAACCGAUGGGAUAAAACCUGUGAAGCUGUUUUAUAUUCUGGAGAUAAAGAUGUUAAAUCUAGAUUAGGAAAACAGUUUUUUUUGAACGUUACCUAUGGAAAUGGAUCAAUGGCAUCAGAUUUUGACGUGGAUAUUAAAGCAGAAUCUUCGAAAGCUUUGAGGAUCUUAUACAGUUAUUUUGUAAAUGGCAACAAAAAUCUGAACUUCAACAGGUUUAGAGACAUAAUCGGGGAAGGAAAUACAAAUCAGUUAAGAUUGUGCUUAGAAACCAUUUAUGAAAAUAAGCUUAAAGAAGAUAGAAAUAUUAAUUGUCUUGCAAUUAUUAUCGAUAUUGAUGAAGUCAAUAAAUUAUACCCGACAUUUCGUAAUCUUGUGUCUAUUGUUGGCUCAACGAGUUAUCCCUCAGGGAAAGUAUAUGAGCCACAUGAAAAAUUGCGUGAUCUUGGUUUUGACGGAAACUAUGUUUAUAAUAAUGAUCCUUUCAGACGUAUGGUUUCUGAUAUAGGUGGUCAGGGAAUUCAUUAUAAAGAAGGAAAAGAUAAUAAGAAUAAAUUAUUUGAAAUGGUAGUAAAGGGAAGUUUAUUUUCUAAAAGAAUUAGAGAUGCGAUAAAAUUAGAAAUUAAUGAUAUUCGAUUUGAUUGGGAAAAUAAGGGAGAAUUUUAA